AUGGGUCCCAAGACUCCUCCGCACCCCAGCUACCACGAAUUCCAUCGGAUCCACCGUGCCACGCGGGCAAUGAAAGUCUCGACUCACCUAGCAAAGUCACAGAACAUCUUGUUGACGAUUCACACCCGCCACGUCGAUCCGGUUCUCCAAUACCGAGACAUGGCGAGCCAAAGCCAGCUGAACGGCUGGGGCGACCUGGUUUACCCCGGUCUCGUGUCUAUUGUCGCCCGCUGGAGCUUCCGCUAUCGCAACAUCAUCCAUAGGUCAUUUUUCGCUUUCAUCGGGAUGGUUUAUCUGAAGUCCUGA